CUCUCUCCUCUUCUCUCACUAUUUUUCGAUUUUCCCCGUUUUUCUCGUUUGUGUUUGGUUACUGAGAAAAUCAACAAUGGCUCCGAAGCCUAAAGGAAAACCGGCUGCGGCACCGUCACAACCUCCUCCGGCGAUUGAAGAUCUCUUCACUACCCUCAAUAAACACAUCCAGCGAUCUGACUACGAGCAAGCCGUCAAAGCCGCAAAUCAAGUUCUGACGGUUGCUCCCGGUGACGAAGACGCGCUUCGAUGUAAACUGGUUGCGUUAAUCAAGGCUGAUAAUAUUGAUGCUGCUCUUACUACAAUUCAGUCAACUCAAAAACUGAACUUCAAUUUCAGUUUCUACAAGGCAUACUGUUAUUACAGACAGAACAAGUUGGAUGAAGCUUUGGAGUUGUUGAAAGGCCCCGAGAAAAACUCUGAAGCAAUGCUGUUAGAAUCUCAGAUUCAUUAUCGUCUUGGAAAUAUGGAUGCUUGUAUAGAUAUUUAUCAGAAGCUUCAAAAGUCCAACAUUGAGUCGCUGGAAAUUAACCUUGUUGCUAGUUUGAUUUUGGCUGGAAGGGUUUCUGAAGUUCAAGGUAUGAUUGAUGCUAACCGAAUUAAAGCAACAGGCACCUUUGAGUUGGCAUACAACGUUGCGUGCUCUUUAAUUGAAAUGAAUAAGUACAAUGAAGCUGAACAACUUUUGCUGACAGCCCGAAGAGUUGGUCAGGAAACAUUGAUGGAGGAUAACUUGGCUGAGGAUGAUAUCGAGAUAGAAUUAGCUCCUAUAUAUGUGCAAUUGGCAUAUGUUCAGCAGCUAUUAGGAAGACCACAAGAAGCAACGGUGGCCUACACAGAUUUCAUUAACCGAAAUCAGGCAGACGAGUCAUCUCUUGCUGUUGCGGUUAACAACCUUGUUGCUGCGAAGGGAACAAAGGAUGUUUCUGAUAACUUGAGGAAACUUGAUCGGCUCAAAGAUAAAGAUGCUCAAGGUUUCCAGCUUUCUCGUGGACUUGAAAAGCUUUCUCUAAAGCAAAGGGAGACAAUAUAUGCAAAUCGUGUGCUUUUACUUCUCCAUGCUAAUAAGAUGGAGCAGGCACGGGAAAUUGUUGCUACUCUGCCAGACAUGUUUGCUGACAGUGUGAUGCCAGUGCUGUUUCAAUCUGCAGUCUUGGUCAGGGAAAAUAAGGCUAAUAGAGCAGAAGAAUUAAUGGGACAGUUUGCUGAAAAGUACCCCGAGAAGUCCAAGAUUGUUCUUCUUUUAAGGGCACAAGUUGCUGCUGCUGCCGGCCAUCCUCAAGUUGCAGCCGACUCCCUUUCUAAGAUUACUGAUAUUCAGCACAAGCCUGCCACUGUUGCUACUAUUGUAGCUCUUAAAGAACGAGCUGGAGAUAUCGACGGUGCCUCCGCUGUAUUCGAUGCCGCUAUUACAUGGUGGUCAAACGCCAUGAACGAAGACAACUACAAAAACAAGCUGGAUGUCAUAAUGCAUCAAGCUGCUUCCUUCAAAAUCAGGCAUGGACGGGAUGAAGAGGCAGCCCAUCUAUACGAGCAGCUUGUUAAAACCCAUGGGACCAUUGAGGCAUUUGCCGGGUUGGUAAGUACUGUCGCGCACAUUGAUGUUGACAAGGCAGAAACUUACGAGAAGCGGCUGAAACCUUUACCAGGUUUGAAAGGGAUCGAUGUGGAUAGUUUGGAGAAGACUUCCGGAGCGAAACAUGUUGAAGGUCCACAUGUGUCCGUUGCUGAGGAUGGCAAGAAAGAGAAACCAAAGAAAAAGAGAAAGAGAAAGCCAAGGUACCCUAAAGGAUUUGAUCCUGCUAAUCCGGGUCCUCUUCCAGACCCGGAAAGGUGGCUGCCCAAGAGAGAGAGAUCAAGUUACAGACCAAAGCGAAAAGAUAAGAGAGCAGCUCAGGUGAGAGGAUCUCAGGGUGCUGUAUCUAGAGAAAAGCAGGAAGCUGGUUCUAGCGCCACCACUUCUAACACAGCCAAUUCGAAAUCAAGCCAAGCUACUACUUCCAAAGCAUCUGCAGAACAGUCGAAGCCUUCAUCCAAGUCGUCGAGAAAGAAGUCAAGGAAUUGAUACGAAGGCACAGGUCUAUCUCUCGUGUUAUAGAAUUAAUUAAUACAAAUUAAAACAAAGAGAUCCUUUUUGGCUUAAUUUUUCCAAUUGUUUGUUAUUUUGCUUUUAGUUAGAGCUGAGAUUUUGGUUGUUUAUUGUUGGCGGGUAGAUUUAAAUUUAAAGUAAUUGCAAAAUUCAGUAGGUGUUGUUCUUUU